GAUCAAGUGAUGCUAGAUGACAACUAUGCCGUAGAUUGUAUUCGACCAAAAUGUCUGGAGUUACAGAGAAUGUGUGAACAGUAUAAAGAAUGUAUGAGAAAAAGACAAGAAAUCCUCAACAAGUCCCAUGAUUUACAUGAAAGGCUAGAUAAGGCUAAUAAAUGGUGUUCAAGGGGUGUAGAUUUAUUAGCAAGUCAACCAUUAGAGAAUUGUCAAACACCUCAUGGUGCAGAAUUAGCUUUACGUGAUAUAGAAACAUAUCUUUCUUCAACUAAAGAAUUAAAACUCAACAAUCCAAGAGAGUUCCGACAACUAUUUGAAGAUAUGAUGACUCCAGAAACGAGAGUA